AUGUUGCCUCCUAUCCCAGCCCUCGCCGACUACGGCCUCUCUCCCACCCAUGGGUUCCUCCCUGACGUCCUACCCUUGACCCGUCUGCCGGACCCAUACUAUAACAAAUGGGAGGCCAUCGCCGCCAACCUCCAGGCCCUUAUUCUCAGCCGUCGUCUUCGCGGCGUCAUUGAUCGCCUACCGGUUCUAUCAACCAUCGGCCUCGAGCACGAUGCUGAGUGGCGCCGCGCCUAUUCUCUUCUCGGUUUCAUGGCUCACGGCUACAUCUGGGGUGGUGACUCACCCUCUGACCGACUCCCUGCAUCCAUUUCUGUUCCCCUGCUCCAGAUAUCCGAACACCUACAGGUGCUUCCUGUCGCCACAUACGCGGCUGUAUGUCUCUGGAAUUUUAAGCCGCUCUUCGUGGACGAGGAUAUCGACAACCUCGAAAACCUCGCCACCCUCAACACCUUCACUGGCUCUCUCGACGAGUCCUGGUUUUACCUCGUCUCUGUUGCUAUUGAAGCCCGUGGCGCCCCCAUAAUCUCCCUCAUGCUAACUGCCAUUGCCGCUGCGAGGCAUGGCGAUGCCGCCACAGUUACCCGUUGCCUUCGCACCUUCGCAGAGCGACUUACUGAUCUGACAACGAUCUUGCAGAGAAUGCAUGAAAGCUGUGAUCCUACUAUUUUCUAUAACCGUAUUCGUCCUUUCCUUGCUGGGAGCAAGAACAUGGCCGAGGCUGGUCUUCCACAAGGUGUCUUGUAUGAAGAUGGUUCCGGAACUGAGACGUACCGACAGUACAGUGGCGGCAGUAACGCUCAAAGUAGCUUGAUACAGUUCUUCGACAUCGCACUUGGCAUUCAGCACCGUCCUACGGGAGAGUCUCGUGAUCACGCAUCUGAUUCGGAUAGAGGCGGGCGCUCAUCCAACCGACACAACUUCAUCAUGGAGAUGCGCCGCUAUAUGCCAGGGCAACAUGCCCAGUUCCUCAACGAUGUGUCAAUUGUUGCCAACAUCCGCGAGUUCAUCGAGGAUAACCAAGGAAAUACUCAACUAUGCGUCGCAUACGAUGCUUGCUUGGCUAUGUUAAGUGCCUUCCGCGACAAGCACAUCGGCAUCGUAACGCGCUACAUCAUCACUCCCUCCAAGCAGGUCCGGGCUCGAAGUAGGUCGCGAAGUCCUGAGGUCACCCGACAGCGGCUUAACCUGGCGGUUGCGUCCCGAAAAAACCAGCAGAACCAGAAGGGCACUGGCGGCACUGCGUUGAUACCCUUCCUGAAGCAAGCGAGAGAUGAGACUGGAGAGCCUGCCGUCGAGGAGUGGACUAAGCGUUUCAUGAAAAGACAAAUCAAAACGGAGGGCAAGGGUGACUUUUUUCUUGGCAAACCAGAUUAUGGUGCUCCUCUGGAGACCGAAGAUGUUGAGGUAAAAGGUUUGGCCGGGUCAUGGACCAUGGAUGAUGAUAUGGGCGGAAUUUGCUUAUCCUAG